AUGAUGAAAAAAUACUCCACGAUUUUAAAAAAGAUGUAUAUUUGUUUAUCAAGCUAUUAAAGAUUUAUUUAUUGAUAAAUUACUUAUAUAAGGCUUCAUUAACUGGUUUGAUAAGGAUUAUGCGUAUUUCAUACUUCAGGAAAAUUCCUCUGUAAAUAUAUUUGUAAAGUUCUCUCAACUUAUUGCUGCAAAAUAUAAAAAAAUACACAAGUCAUAUUUUAUUCUGUUCUGUACUGGUUUGUUGUUGUUGUUGCUAGUUGUUAAAAAUGAUUGCCAAAACUAUUAAACUAAAUAACGGUGUUCUUUUACCUACCGUUGGCCUAGGAACAUACAGGUCGAAGCCUGGUGAAGUGGAAGAGGCAGUAAAAAUUGCUAUAGACGCCGGUUAUCGUCAUAUCGAUUGUGCCUGGUUUUAUCUAAAUGAAGCGGAAGUAGGUAGUGCUAUUCGAGAGAAAAUUGCCAGUGGGGCUGUUAAAAGGGAAGACCUUUUUAUUACGAGUAAACUGUGGAACAAUUUCCAUGCCAAAGACGCUGUAGUACCGAAACUUAAGGAAAGCUUAAAAGCAUUAGGGUUGGAUUAUUUGGAUUUAUAUCUGAUACAUUGGCCUUUUGGUACUAAGGAAGAUGCACCGUUGAUGCCUACCGAAAACUUACAAGACUGUUUCAGCGAUGUUGAUUACAUAGAAACGUGGCAAGGUAUGGAAGAAGGGCACAAACUAGGACUGGCAAAAUCUAUUGGAGUGUCAAAUUUUAAUGCAGAACAAAUAGACAGAGUUUUAAAAAAUGGAACUAUAAAGCCUGUAGUAAAUCAGGUUGAGUGUAAUCCUAACUUAAACCAGAAAAAACUCAUCGAAUUUUGUAAACAGAGAGACAUUGCGAUUGUAGGAUAUUGUCCACUUGGUAGAAGCGAAUAUAUGGGUAGGCCAGGAUUUCCAGAACCUACUAUAUUCGAUCCCAAAGUAGCAGAAAUCGGAAAAAAAUAUAACAAAAGUCCAGCUCAAGUUGUUUUGAAUUAUUUGGUAUCCUUGGGUAUAUCAGUAAUUCCUAAAUCCGUUACAAAAUCAAGAAUAGUCGAAAAUAUCGAUAUUUUUGACUUUACUCUUAGUAAGGAGGACAUAGCUUACUUGGACUCGUGCAACAAAAAUAAAAGAGUUUGUCCACUAACGGAUUUUAAAGACCAUAAAUAUUACAGUUUUAAUGCAGAAUUUUAAAUAGGUACUUUUCAAAAUAGUCAGGAUCUAAUGUUUUGUUAUUUAAUUUACAUAGAUUUAUUAAAGUUAAGAAAUUAAUAUUUUUAUAAAAUAAAGUUAAUUCUUAACUGCUGUAA